AUGGGAGAAGGGAUUUUCACCAAACUCUUCCAGAAAAGGUCAUUUUUCCGCUUCGUGCAGAAGUAUCAGCCCCUUGGAAGCGGAGAGCCGGAAGAGGAGCCCCGUGAGGACUGUGAACUGAAAAUAAUUGAGCAGGAGAAGGAGGUGACAGUUGUGCCCCCGAAAGAUGCCUGUAAAUGCCACAAGGAAGACUUGGCAAGAGCUCUGAACGUUGAUUUACAGACUGGACUGUCUGAGUUUUCCGUGCUCCAGCGCAGGUUAAAACACGGCUGGAAUGAAUUUUCAGUAGAGAAGAAGGAGCCGAUAUGGAAGAAAUAUCUGGACCAGUUCAAAAGCCCCCUCAUCCUCCUGCUGCUGGCCUCAGCUCUGGUGAGUGUCAUCACAAAGGAAUACGAGGAUGCAGCGAGCAUCACCAUGGCCGUGCUCAUCGUGGUCACCGUGGCCUUCAUCCAGGAAUAUCGCUCGGAAAAAUCUCUGGAAGAACUCAACAAGCUGGUGCCCCCCGAGUGCAACUGCCUAAGGGAAGGGAAACUGCAGCAUCUUCUAGCACGAGAGCUGGUGCCUGGAGAUAUCAUCUACCUGUCUGUUGGAGACAGGGUUCCUGCAGACCUCAGGCUGAUAGAGGUUACAGAUCUGCUGGUGGAUGAAUCCAGUUUUACUGGAGAAGCUGAGCCUUGCAACAAGACUGACACUGUGUUGCUGGAAGCUGGAGACAUAACCACACUGAGCAAUGUUGUUUUCAUGGGGACCCUGGUGCAGUAUGGGAAGGGAAAAGGUGUAGUUAUUGGCACAGGUGAAAGUUCCCAGUUUGGCGAGGUGUUCAAAAUGAUGAGAGCUGAAGAGACUCCCAAGACACCUCUCCAGAAAAACAUGGACAGACUGGGGAAGCAGCUCAGCCUGUUCUCCUUUGGCAUAAUUGGUCUGAUAAUGCUCACUGGGUGGUUACAAGGGAAGCAUCUCCUCAGCAUGUUCACCAUUGGAGUCAGCCUGGCCGUGGCUGCCAUCCCUGAGGGCCUUCCCAUCGUGGUCACAGUCACUCUGGUGCUGGGAGUUCUCCGGAUGGCCAAGAAAAAGGUCAUUGUGAAGAAGCUGCCCAUAGUAGAAACCUUAGGUUGCUGCAAUGUCAUCUGCUCGGAUAAGACGGGCACCCUGACGGCCAACGAGAUGACGGUGACCCGGCUGGUGACCUCGGAUGGCUUCCAGGCAGAGGUCAGCGGGGUGGGCUACAAUGGAGAAGGAAAUGUUUAUCUUCUGCCAACAAAGGAGAUCCUUAAAGAAUUUUCCAACAUCUCCGUUGGGAAGCUAGUGGAGGCUGGCUGUGUGGUCAAUAAUGCUGUUAUCAGGAAAAACAGUGUGAUAGGACAACCCACAGAAGGAGCUCUCAUUGCCCUGGCAAUGAAGAUGGAAUUAGCUGACAUAAAAGACAUUUAUGUAAGAAAGAAGGAAAUUCCAUUUAGCUCUGAACAGAAGUGGAUGGCUGUGAAAUGCACACUGAAAAAUCAGGACCGGGAAGAUAUUUACUUUAUGAAAGGAGCAUUUGAAGAAGUUAUUCAGUACUGCACUCUGUACAACAGUGGUGGCAUCUCACUGUCACUCACCCCCCAGCAGAAAGCUGCCUACCAGCAGGAAGAGAAGCGAAUGGGCUCCUCAGGACUUCGAGUACUCGCUUUGGCUUCAGGUCCAGAACUUGGCAAACUAACAUUUUUAGGGCUGGUUGGAAUAAUUGAUCCCCCAAGGGCUGGAGUGAGAGGAGCUGUUCAAGUCCUUUUUGAGUCUGGUGUGUCAGUGAAGAUGAUAACUGGAGAUGCCCUGGAAACAGCCGUGGCUAUAGGACAGAAUAUUGGUCUCUGCAAUGGGAAGCUGAAAGCUAUGUCUGGGGAAGAGCUGGACCAACUGGAAGAGGCAGAGCUGUCAUCCACUGUCCAAAAUGUUUCCAUUUUUUUCAGAACAAGUCCAAAGCACAAACUAAAAAUAAUAAAGGCUUUGCAGAGGGCUGGUGCUGUGGUGUCCAUGACAGGAGAUGGUGUCAACGAUGCCGUGGCCCUGAAAUCCGCAGAUAUCGGGAUCGCGAUGGGACAGGCCGGCACGGACGUGAGCAAAGAGGCUGCCAACAUGAUCCUCGUGGACGAUGACUUCUCAAAAGUAAUGAAUGCAAUAGAAGAGGGAAAGGGAAUAUUUUACAACAUAAAAAACUUUGUCCGGUUCCAGCUGAGCACGAGUAUCUCAGCUUUGAGCCUAGUUACUCUGUCAACAGUGCUCAACCUACCAAAUCCACUCAAUGCUAUGCAGAUCUUAUGGAUCAACAUCAUCAUGGAUGGGCCACCAGCCCAGAGCUUGGGAGUUGAACCUGUUGACAGGGACACCAUCAAACAGCCCCCCCGGUGUAUCACAGACACCAUACUCAGCAAAUCACUGAUCCUGAAAAUCUUCAUGUCAGCUCUCAUUAUCAUCAGUGGAACCCUCUUUGUCUUCUGGAAGGAGAAUCCAAAAGGUGGCAUAACUCCUCGAACCACAACGAUGACUUUUACCUGUUUUGUGUUUUUUGACCUCUUCAAUGCCCUGACAUGUCGCUCUCAGACAAAGUUGAUACUUGAAAUUGGCUUUUUUCGGAACCGCAUGUUCCUGUAUUCCGUGCUUGGAUCAUUUUUGGGACAGCUGGCUGUUAUAUACAUCCCUCCACUACAGAAGAUCUUCCAGACAGAGAAUUUAGGAGUGUUAGACCUGCUGUUCCUCACUGGACUGGCUUCCUCAGUGUUCGUGGUGUCCGAGCUCGUCAAACUGUGUGAACGACGCUGCUGCCGCCCGGGGCACACAAAGGGACGUCACACCUGACUCAGACCUCCUCUAAAACACUCUUGGAACAGAGCUGUGAUGCUGGAUAAUCCAAAUGCAUCUCUUUCUGCUGCCACACAUCCUUCCUGAAGAUACCCACGUGCACCUGUACCAACAGUCUCCUCUACACGCCCCACCUGAGCUGUUCUACAGAAACCU